AUGUUUGUAAUUAAAAUGAUCGCUUUUGCUUAUAUUGUCAGCUGUAUCAAUGCUGAACCACCAAGAAGACGAAGCAGCUUCAGACAAUUUGCUAGACAAGAGGUAGAAGAACAACCAGAAUCUAGCCAAGGCUACAAUUAUGAUCCACCAGCUGGAGAACGAUUGAGAUUACCAGUUCCGGUGAGAUUCCGACAAUUUGCUAGACAAGAAGAUCAAGCUUCAAAUGGAUACGAUUAUCCUAAGCCGACUGAUAGCUAUGGUCCACCUGAAGAAGAAACUACUGAAGAUGUUGAAGAAAUCACAACUGAAGAACCAACUGACGAACCAACGACCAUCAACUCAGAUGCUGAAGAGUUACGAUCACUUCAAGCAACUCAAUUCCGUCGUAAGAAUUCUAAAUUAAUUCGUUCUCAAAAAUUGCAAGCAUUUAAUGGUGCAAGACAAGUAGCGCCUAUUAGUGCUCAACCUGUUUAUUAUAUUCAAUAUAGUGAUGCUGAUUUAGUAGAACCUCAAUAUUAUUAUGUCUUUAAAUAG